AUGGAAUCUGUAGGAAACAAGCAAACUGAGGUAAAUCCAGUAAACGUUACAGGCGUUGAAAGGAUUGACAGAGAAAUGCUUAAAGGGGAUAUUAUGGAGAUUACUGGAAAAUGGCCGAUUAAUUCUUCAAAGGAUGUUGAAUUUUUCCAAAACAAAUUUACGAAAGUACAAUACAUUAUGUCAGAUAAUCCAAAUCUGAAACAAAUUCUAUCAGAAUACGUAGAUGGAAAUCCUAUUGCUUUAGAUCUUGAAUGGCAUCCGUUCAAUCCAUCUGCUGGAGUAUGUUUAUUCCAAUUAUGUUCAUCUCAUGGCUGUUUGCUUAUCAAAAGAGAAAGUAAAAAACAAUGCAAUGAUCUUUUGAAUUUCUUAACUACCAAUCAAUUUUUCAUGAAAGAUAUUGCAUCUGACAUAAAAAUGCUACGUACUACAUUUGGCCAAGACUUCACAUUCAAAGUUUGUGACGUUGCUGCUCAAAUUCUUAGAAGAAAUCAUCUUAAAGAAGGAUUUGAUGAGAUGGUUGCACAGUUUUGUUCAGAUACACCUUGCGGAGAAUUCAAAAAUAAAAAGAUUUCUCGAUCAAAAUGGAAUUUGAAACUUUCACCUUGCCAAAUACUUUAUGCAGCUAACGAUGCUGUUGCUCUUUAUGCAUGCUUACAAGGAUUUGAGAAAUAUCAAGGAUCACCUCUUGCUUUCGAAAAUCCAGUUGAAAAAGCACCAAAAGAAAAAAGAAUACGCGAAAAUAAGCAAAAUAGAAACAAAACAACUGAAAGAAAACAGAAAAAACCAUCAACAGAAGAAGAUUCUGAUUCUCAAAAAGAGGAUAUCAUAGAAACCGACGAAAAAGUAUCAGCAGAAGUGCCACAACCAGAAAAAUCUAAGGGAUAUAAGAUCAAAGCCAAACAUACUAGAAGGAAAAAAUAUGAAGCUGAUCAAAACGAAUUAGAAGAAAUUAGACGUCUCGGACCUUCAUUUUACAUCAACCUUAAUGGGGGUUCAGAAAUUAAAUUCGAAGAAUUACCUAAAUUUGUGAAUUCUUAUAAUCAAACGUGGAAUCAUACAGAAUUAACAAUAGAAUUCAGUAAAGGAAUAUUUACAAAGAUCAAAUGUGUCUAUUCUUUUGAUUUCGAGCUUCAAAAAAAGUUAGAUGAAAUUGAUGACAAUUCUACAAUGAGUUUACAAGUAAUGUGGAAGCAAGUCCAAAGCGAACCAUCUAUAGGACUUAUUGCCAUAUGUUCGUCAAAAGGAUGUUUGCUUAUUCAGUGUUUAAGUGGAACUACAUGCGAUGCCUUAAACAACUUCAUAGCUAGCCAUAAAUUUGUGUACUUAGAAAAACAAGAUCUUUCUUUUGUCGUUAAAAAGAUGUUUGGCCAAAACUUUGAAAUUCCUGUUGAUAGCAACAAAAUGAAGCUUCUUCAUGAAUAUGUUCAUACAAAGAUCCUUCAGACACAUCAAAUGGUCUUUGCAAACUGGAAUAAAAGAAAUUAUUCCAAUUCAAUGGUAAUCUUUGUAGCAAAUGAAGUAUCAUAUCUAUAUCACUUUGUUAUGUCUCACCAAUAA